AUGCGUGCUCGUGGAGUUGCAUAUCGCCGUGCUUAUAAAAAUGCUAUUAAAAUGGCACGAAACAUAUUAUAUCAGAAGGUCGGCGAAGCGUACGAAAUAUUUCACGGUAAUCAACUAAGUUACGAAGAUUUUAUCGUAAAUGAUCCUGUAGAAAAAUUAUGGGAAAGGUUUGUAGAAUAUGAAAAAUUAUCUACUAAAAGUGCCGCUUCAGUCAGCGCCGAGAUAGAAAAAAGUAUUCGUUUCAAUUUUGCAAAACAUUUAAAUCCACUCCUUUCUGUUAUUGAAAAAUAUGAUAUAUUCUUUCAUGAAUUAGUAUAUCAUAUGCGAUAUAAAGAGCACAUAUCCAUUCCCGAAAAAAUUGGCGCACCAGAAACUCUGCGAAAAAAUGAAAUAAUAACGGAACAACCUACCUUGCCCAGUAUAUCGAAAGCUGACCAGUUAGCGCUCGACAGCUUUCUAAAUACAUGGAAUAAAGCAAUUGACCUGCUUCAGAACAUAAUCGGGAUUGCUUCUAUCCCUCCAAUAGACGUGCGUGAGUCAGAUUCUAUCUCCUCUAUAUUCUGUACCCGUACGGCUGAGCUAUCUAUAGAACUCUUCUUCUCGCUAUUUUUUUCCGUUACUGUAGAGCAAGUAGAAUUUUUACGUGUACUAUUUGGCAGCGGUACCGCCGCCGUACGGCUCUGUGUGGUUGGGGGUGAAGAAAUAGACGAUUUAUCGGGUGGUCCUCUGAACUUGGCUUUUUUGGCCGUACGACCAGAAAAGGACGAAGACUAA